AUAGUAAGACACAGCAGAGUAACAGACAUGAACAUGAGUCAAUGAGUGAGCUCUGUGAUCAGUGGUCACAUCAGUAAAUAACGCAGAAACAGAGGGUCACUUUUUGUUGUUGUUUUGUUGAUUAAUUAUUGAGUUCCGUGUCGCCAAGUGGGUCCCAUUUUUCACUGUUCCCAACCUCCAUAACCAUGGUUAGAGAGAUUUCUCUGUUUCCUAUGCUAUUGAGCUCUCUCUCUCUCUCUCUCUUAGCAGUAACUAUUCGCCAGAGAGCUUCAGAUCUAGGAGAGAAGAGGAGAAAAACCCAGAUAAACCCUUGGAUCCAAUAUUGAUCUCGGAAAUCUUCUGAUUUCACAAGAAUGGCUGUGACAGAAGCAGAAAAUCCUCUUCUUGGAGAAAUCACUUGUGGCACUUUACUGCAGAAGUUGCAGGAAAUCUGGGAUGAAGUUGGUGAGAGUGAUGAGGAACGAGACAAACUGCUUCUACAGAUAGAGGAAGAGUGUCUUAAUGUUUACAAAAAGAAGGUUGAGCUGGCCGCAAAAUCUCGCGCAGAGCUUCUUCAGACCUUGUCGGAUGCCAACGUUGAACUUUCCAAUCUCAUAACUGCUCUUGGGGACAAAAGCUAUAUCGGCAUUCCAGAUAAGACUUCAGGAACGAUCAAAGAACAGCUUUCUGCAAUAGCACCUGCGCUUGAACAACUUUGGCAACAGAAAGAGGAAAGGGUUAGGGAGUUUUCUAAUGUACAAUCACAGAUUCAGAAGAUCUGUGAAGAGAUAGCUGGAGGAUUGAACAACGGGCCUCAUGUGGUCGACGAGUCUGAUUUGUCCCUGAAGAGGUUAGAUGACUACAAAAGCAAACUCCAAGAGCUCCAGAAAGAAAAGAGUAAUAGGUUGCACAAGGUUCUCGAGUUUGUGAGCACGGUGCAUGAUCUGUGUGCCGUCCUUGGUUUAGAUUUCUUAAGCACUGUCACUGAAGUUCAUCCGAGCUUAGAUGAGGCAAAUGGUGUUCAAACCAAGAGCAUUAGCAAUGAGACACUUUCAAGGUUGGCUAAGACUGUCUUGACUCUUAAAGAGGAUAAGAUGCAAAGACUUAAAAAGCUUCAAGAGCUAGCUACUCAGCUGACUGAUUUGUGGAAUCUGAUGGAUACUCCUGAUGAGGAAAGGGAGCUUUUUGACCAUGUUACAUGUAACAUUUCAGCUUCAGUUCAUGAAGUGACCGUCUCUGGUGCUCUCGCACUUGAUCUGAUCGAGCAGGCUGAGGUGGAAGUGGAUAGGCUUGACCAACUGAAAGCUAGCAGAAUGAAGGAGAUUGCAUUCAAGAAACAAUCCGAGCUUGAGGAGAUAUAUGCUCGUGCUCACAUAGAGAUAAAACCGGAGGUUGUACGUGAGAGGAUCAUGUCGUUGAUUGAUGCUGGAAACACUGAGCCUGCUGAGCUACUGGCUGACAUGGACAGCCAGAUCGCAAAGGCCAAGGAAGAAGCCUUUAGUAGAAAAGAAAUAUUGGACCGAGUCGAGAAAUGGAUGUCAGCCUGUGAGGAAGAGAGCUGGCUCGAAGACUACAAUCGGGACCAGAACAGGUAUAGUGCAAGCCGAGGUGCGCAUUUGAAUCUCAAGAGAGCUGAGAAAGCCCGGAUUCUGGUCAGCAAGAUUACUGCAAUGGUUGACACAUUGGUUGCUAAAACCCGGGCAUGGGAAGAGGAUAACAGUAUGUACUUUGAGUAUGAUGGUGUUCCUCUGCUCGCCAUGCUAGACGAAUACACUAUGCUUAGGCAAGAACGAGAAGAGGAGAAGCGGAGACUGAAGGAACAGAAGAAGCAGCAAGAACAGCCACACACAGAUCAAGACUCAGCCUUUGGGUCUAAACCGAGCCCUGCAAGACCGGUCAGUGCCAAGAAACCGGUGGGAACACGAGCUAACGGAGGAGGGCUCAACGAAACUCCUAUCCGGCGUUUAUCUAUGAACUCAAGCCAGAACGGAAGCAAGUCCAAAAGAGACAGUCUCAACAAGCAAGCUUCGCCUUCUAACCUUGUAGCCAAUUCGAAAGAGGAUGCUGCAUCUCCAGUCCCUUGUGCUGAUUCAGUUCUGGCUUCACCGUGAGAAUAUCAAAGGGGAGAGAGAUAGAGAGAGAGUUGAAAUGCUUACUUGACACUUUUGUUAGCUGCUAUUAGGGAAUGAGAAAUGUCUUCUAUGAAAGAACACUUUAGAAACAAGACAAGACACUGAGAGUAGAGAAUGUUACUUAAAUUUUAAUGUCUCUGUAUCAUUGGCUCAAACUUUUUUCUAAGCCUGACUAUGUGAAGCGACUGGUUUAAUGAAGAAAGGUUAGGAUUUUAAUUGGAGUUAUGCAUUUAUGUUAGUUGCAAA